UAAUUCCUUAGUAGAUAACAAAAAAGUCUAUAUAAGUCUCGACUCUUUUUGUCUCUCUUUGUGUCAUAAACAUAGACAAAAAGUAGAUAUGUCAACACUCAAGAACACUACUCCGGUUGAAGGUGUUUCCCCAUCCUUCAUCAUUCGAGCUUCCAUCAUCCAAGCCUCCACCGUCUAUAACAAUACUUCCAAAACUAUUCAAAAGGCAGAGAAGCUGAUUGCCGAGGCGACCAGCGGCGGCUCGGAGCUGGUGGUGUUCCCAGAGGCGUUUAUCUGUGGCUAUCCUCGUGGCUUUAGGUACGGUAUGGGGGUUGGUGUUUUUAAUGAAGAUGGUCGUGAUGGGUUCAGAAAGUAUCAUGCUUCUGCCAUUCUUGUUCCUGGCCCUGAAGUUGAAAAACUGGCGGAGAUUGCUAGAAAAUUCAAUGUGUACUUGGUGAUGGGGGCUAUAGAGAAGGAUGGAUAUACACUCUACUGAACAGCCCUUUUCUUCAGUUCGGAAGGUCGGUUCUUGGGGAAGCACCGUAAAGUCAUGCCAACAACUACCGAACGUUGCAUUUGGGGUUACGGGGAUGGAUCAACCAUCCUUGUUUAUGACACUCCCUUAGGCAAACUCGGUGCUGCUAUUUGCUGGGGAAAUAGGAUGCCUCUCUACAGAACUGCGUUGUACGCAAAAGGAGUUGAGAUUUAUUGUGCACCUACUGCUGAUGGUUCGAAAGAAUGGCAAUCCUCUAUGCUUCAUAUUGCACUCGAGGGUAGUUGUUUCGUGUUGCCGGCCUGCCAGUUUUGCCGGCGUAAAGAUUUCCCUGAACAUCCUGAUUACUUAUUUACCGACUCGUACGAUGAUCAAGAACCUGAUUCUAUUAUCUCCCAAGGUGGUAGUAUCAUUAUUUCACCAUUGGGAAAGGUUCUCGCUGGACCAAACUUUGAAUCAGAAGGUAUCAUCACAGCAGAUCUUGAUCUUGGUGAUGUCGCAAGAGCCAAGUUAUACUUCGAUGUCGUGGGACAUUACUCUAAGCCUCAGGUUUUUAACUUGACAGUAAAUGAACACUCAAAAAAACCGGUUACAUUUGUGUCAAGGUCGGUGAGAGUGGAGGAUGACUCACAGCCUCAAGGCAAAUAAUCAAGAUCUAAAGGUCGUCAAUUUAUCCUUUCCAUAAGUGCUGGAGUUAAUGCCAAUCAUAUGUUGAUGUCAUGUUCAACAUUAUUCUGUUAAGCUUGUUUAUGUUUAUGUUUAAUAAUGUAAGAACCAGUUGGGUAAAACCAAUUAGUUUAUUCUCUUUUCUUUAAGUAUCAUGGAAUCUAUUUGAAGUUUUAUACACCUUCAUUAUAAGUUUUCUUUUGCUAACAAAAUAUUAUUAUGAAGUUUAGUCAAUCGCGAUUCUGCCGAAAAAAACAUAUAGGGCCUGUUCGUUUGCUUGCCGCAUGAACCAUGUUCGUUUAUGAUUCUUGUGUGUUUGGAAAAGCUCGCAAACUGCCCGGGAACAGUAAGUGGGAGUGGUUCGGCCGAGCUAGCAUGACAUGUGUCAGCAUCUAAGGUAGUUCAGUGUCCACGUGUCGGGUCUUCUUUGGAUUUGAUAAAAUUGGUACCA